AUGCUGCCUCGCGGGUUUUCAAACCCAGUUCUACGACCUGGGCGCACCUCGCGUUUCUGGCGUGGGACGCGGCUUUUCCACACCAGACUUUGGAAAUCCUCGAAAAAUCUACGUUUAUCUACUAAUUCCCAGUGGGCUGAGUGUCCUUUCUUCUUUUCCACUCGUUCGUUCACGCUCUCAUGUCCCCGCUAUGGAGCCGAUGCCAUCGUUCGCGUGCCCACGAUGGCAGAGUCGAUCACCGAGGGAACUCUUACACGUUUCAGCAAAGAGGUGGGAGAAUUUAUUGAACGAGAUGAGGAACUUGCGACUAUUGAAACAGACAAAAUUGAUGUUUCGGUGAACACUCCUCAUUCCGGUAUCAUUCAGCAGUUACUUGAGGCAGAAGGGGAUACAGUCACCGUCGAUCAAGCCAUUGCAGAACUUCGACCAGAAGAGAGUCCUUCCGAGACUGAAGCAAACGGCACUGGACAAAAUAGCUCCGAAUUGGCUUCAAAUUAUUCAGCACCGCAUUCCCUUGAUGAUUCCCGACCUUCUGCAGCUCCAGCUAUUACAGAGUCGCUCACUCUGAUGACACCGGAAUCCCACUUGAAACUCAAUGCGAAAUCAAAUCACAGCUUGCUACAGCAAAGCCAAACUCCUAAGGGCAAACGCGGAGAGAAUAGAGUAAAAAUGACGCGCAUUCGCCAAAAGACGACACAGCACCUCAAAGAAUCGCAAAACACUGCCGCAUUCCUAACAACCUUCAACGAAGUCGAUAUGUCCAAGAUCAUUGAAUUCCGAAAGAACAACAAGGACACUGUGAUGGAAAAACACGGUGUCAAGCCAAGCUUCAUGGGAGCAAUGGCCAAGGCUUCUGUUCUUGCACUCAAGGAAAUACCCGCAGUUAAUGGAUCCGUUGAGAACGGCGAUACCAUUGUCUACCGGGAUUAUGUGGAUCUGAGUGUCGCUGCUUCCAUUCCCAAAGGUCUUGUUACCCCCGUGCUCAGAAACAUCGAAUCAAUGAGUAUCGUUGAGAUCGAGAAAGGUAUCUCUGAACUUGUAGCAAAGGUAAAAACUCCAAUCCACACAAUCUAUGAGGCACGAGCUAACUCGCUUGCAAAGGCCCGGGAUGGGAAAUUGACGAUGGACGACUUGAUUGGCGGUAGCUUUACUAUUAGUAACAGCGGCAUUUGGGGGUCUCUGUUCGGUACUCCAAUCAUCAACACGCCGCAAACCGCAGUGUUAGGGACAUAUGGUAUUUUGGACCGUCCAGUGGCUGUUAACGGACAGGUUGAGAUUCGGCCGAUGAUGUAUAUCGCAUUGACAUAUGACCACCGAAUUAUUGACGGACGGGAGGCUGUCAGAUUCUUAAACAUAGUCAAAGAUCAUCUUGAGCAGCCUGAGCGUAUGCUUUUGGGAUAG